UUGCUCUCUUCUAUCUUACCUCUUUUUUCUUCUAACGAGUAGUAAAAGUUUGGAUGCAGGGGUUAUUUGAUCCUUUAUGGUCUAUGUACAGCGACGAAAGGGAGAGAGAGUGUGAGUGACUUUAAAAGAGAUGAAUUCAGACAAGAUAUGGCAAGAGUCCAGCUCAGCUAAGAUCAACUUGACAAAUCUUGCUUGCUUGCUUGCUUCUCAUCAGAUCUGGUGUACGUUGGGCGUUUCGGGUGGCGGACAGGAUGAGGACGAGGAUAUGGCCGGUGAGAUAGGAUAAGGGAAGGUCUUCUUCGUAUCUAGUGAUUUGCUUCGUUAUAUCUAACCUAAAUUUC